AUGAGCAAGAAUGGAUGGUCUACUUUCGGUACUUCUUCUUCAGCAUCCUCCUUUUCUUCUUCUUCUUCUUCUGUAAUGACCACUCUACCAUCUUCCUCUCUUCCUCGACUCACACAGGUCAUUUCCAUUCAUAAUGUCAAGGAAUUUGUCAAGAAUUAUCUGAUCCAAGAUGAUACAAUCAACAAUCAUCAUCAUCAUCAUUCAGAAGGAAAUACAGACAUGAGUAUUCUCUUUCGGCAUGUGUAUUGCUUGUUUCGAGAGACUUUGUAUUAUUCUCAACCUCAGAAUCAGCAGCAAACGCAAACUCAAUCUUCUUCAGGUGUAAAUAUUUCAUCAUCAUCAUCAACAUUGCAAGCCUCUUCAUCAUCGGGAGGAAUGAUGAAUCAAAACAACAACAACAACAACAACAAUAGUAGCAGCUUAUCUUCAUUCCCUAAGGGUUUUUUGAUGAUGUAUGAAGAUGGUUCUCAAGUCAUUUGCUUGUUUUUCGAGUUGGACACAAAAAGGCUUGCUUCUGAGGCUCAAGUUUUGAUAAGUACUCCUUCCGAUUCCAAUAUGAUGAUGAUGAAUGGUUCUCCUUUGAAUGAUUUUGUCUAUGUGAUGGUACGAAUCACAUCAUUCAAAGCAAGUAGUCAUUCACGACGUAGAGUCGUCGUAGGAACGGUUCCAUCCUCUUCAACAACUACAGCACCGUUGAACACAACUUGCAGUAUUCCUCCUUCCCAACAACAACCAUUAAACCAUACAUCAUCAUCCUCUCAAAAACCUUCUUCCUUUGUGGCUUUUGAAGAUCAUCCGAUUGGGGCAGCUCACAACCAAACAACGGAUCACAACACUUCUUCUCUGCUGCAGCAACUUCAAACAGAUCCUUCGGAAGUACUCUUUCGACAUCAAGCUUUUAAUUGCUCAGAAGUUAAUUUGAAAACCUUUUGUGAGGAAUAUGUCAAAGUGACUAAUCAUAAGGCAGCCGUAGCAAAUAUAAUAGCCACCUUUGGAAGUAUUGAAAAAUCCAUUCGUUCAUCAGAACAUUUACAGGUGGAGGUUUUCAAGAAUUGUACUUGUCGAUCCUUUUCUGGUGACCAUUUCACAGUGGCAAAGGAUAUCUUGGGACUUUGCAAAAUUGCAUUAUUUGAUAAAACAGCAAGAAAAGGCCUUCAAAAGGAGCAAUUAGAUUAUUAUGCAGCAUUGAAACAGGACAAACCAUUCUAUACCUUACUGAAACGAAUGGAAAAAUUAACACAAGAAAUUAUAAUGCCCAUGUUCUCGCUGCUCAAUUAUUGUCAUAGAUCGGCGAAUGUGUCACUCUCUCACAUGCUGUUCAAAUUUCACAUUCGAUUUCGUGUGCUCUCAGUAGAGCCCAUCACUCUCAAACAACCACAACAGGGACUUCAACGCAUACGAAGUAACAGUAGUAGUAUUAGCACAGGCACUUCAUCUUAUGCGUUGAACAUGGCCAACCAAAGAAAUAGCUUUAGCAUUAGCAGUACUUCUACUGCAGGAUUUACCUCUCAUCAGAGCUACAAUGAAAGCUAUUCGUUGAAUAAGGCCCUCAAUGAGGAAUUUAUUGAGGUUGCCAGCAAUCGGGAGAAUGAAACUACCACAAAUGUUCAACCAUCACUCAUUCCUCUCACGAGCAUGACUACAACAAGUACCGUUUAUGAGCCAGACAUCAAGACAGAACAACGAAUGAUCUGCCUCCCGCGAGGUCCAUUCGUUUACAAACCACUUCCAUUGGAACCUCAUACACGCAAAUCGGCCAUUGAAAAGGACAUUUUUUGCAUGGGCAUUCUGUUCUUGACCUAUGUGACAGGUUACAAAGAGGUUGGAGAAAUACCAAUAUCCAAAGUUGAAGAAAUGUUAAAACAAUUACGAGUGUGUGUAGAUUAUCUACGACAAGCUCAAGUACAGUUUGAAGAAUUGAUUAACACGAAAAAGUGUGGAGAUGCAACAAAAAUUUACUUGUUGUGUGAAAGAUAUUCACACAUUACUGCACUUCUUUAUUCACUUUCCACUUUGGAAAAAUUGAUAUCAGAAAUGGUGGAAUGCAAAACUUGCGCCUUUAAGGACAUGCUAUAUUUGACCGACUCCACCAAAAUUGAAGAUCUCAUCGACACUCUACGAGAUAAAACCUUUAAAGAAAAGACGAAUAGUUGCAACAUUCCUCGAUCGCCUGCAUUGGGUAACCUGAUCAGGCAAGAGCAGGAGAAGAAGAAAUUGCUCAGCGAGAGAAGUAGAACAAUUCUUUCCAAUAUUCCCAAUUCUCUGUUUCCUGCUUCAUCGCCCGAUUCGCCCACUCUGUUGAGUACUUCCAAUCUGGUCAGCAACAGCACUAACAACACGAAUAGCCAGGUGACAAAUAAUAAGAGGAAACGAGAUGCCAUGAUGAUUUCCACAACGCCCACUCAUUCAACUGCUCUCAAUCAACAAGAGCAAAAGCAACAGGGUGUGCGAGGAAGUAACGCUGUUUCGAGCAGUCACAACUUGUUGCACAAAUUUUCCAAGGUCAUAAAAACGAACACUAUCAAAAUUGAGGGCAAGGAAAAUGAGCGUGCUGGGAAAACAAGUAUUGAAAUGCAAUAA